ACCUGUAUCGAAGGUAACUGAGCAAUGGACGUGUCUAUAAUUGUGUUACUUUUAACAAUUUUACUGAUUCUAUCCAGAAUACAUGGAAAUAGCUGUCCAGACAACAAUAAUGCUCCUUUAGUCAACAUGUGUAGUAAUGAAGUAAAGACAGGAUCUAGAUUAUAUUUAGAUAUAAAUAUUAAACCUGGAGAUAAUAUAACCAACUGUUCCUGUAUACUACAAUUAAUACAACCUGACCAUACCAAGUCCGACUACCUGGUGAAUUUUGAUCCCAAAAAUUCUCAGUCAAACUGGUGUAUAUAUGAUUUUACUGUAGCAAACGUGGGGUCACGUGGUCAGUAUAAUUGUGCAGACAGGGGGGAUCUAUUGAUAUUCCAUGUAAAUCCAAACCAGACGACACAUUUGUUGCUACAGAAAAUAAAUUUACAGAAUACAGAUUUUACAGGAUGCAUUGAAGUCCAAUCAGUUUCAAAAAUUAACUUCAGUAUUAGCUGUGAAUCACGGGUUGAAUAUAUCGAAUCACCAACAGAUUCAGUUGGAACUGAUAUAACCGUGUUCCCAACAACAGAUAGUUCAACAAUAAAAUAUGAUAGAACAUCAACUGAAAUACCAAAAUCGUCUUUAAACAUCGAGACGAUUAAUGGCCUCUCCAUCACCACGCCUGUAUCUUCAGAAUCCCAUGGAGCAUCACUAUCACAGGUUGACGUUGUUAUUAUUGUGGUACUGAGUAUAACUGUUGUUAUUGUUAUUAUUUACAUCAUUACCAUGUGUAUUUGCAAACUGAAAACGAAAGAGCAAAGGAAUGAUAAACAUCUGGAGACACCAAUAUCAGCAAUAAAUCCUGGCUUCUCUCAGACCGGUGCUAACUUUCAGGAUAAUGACGAGGAUGAAUUUGAUACUCUAGGUGAUAAUGGGUCUAAUAGGGUUGCUUCUGAAAAUGGUGUUAAUCUCAUUUAUGCAAUACCCACCAAAAGUGGUAAUAUAGAAAAUAGUAACCGCUUUUUCGAUGCUGACCACGUCUCUAUACAUCCUGUUAAGCCAGAAUCACUCGAAGUGCAGCCAACAGCAGCCAUCGCAACUGAUCGGGGUAGGGAGGGAGAUCUACUGUAUUGAUUAAUGUUUAACAUAUAGUAAGCGCAACCGUAAAAACUACGUGAUUUGUCACAACCGAAUGACCAGACGUUUAUGGCGGGAUAUCGGGUUCAAAAUGCCAUCUAGUGUA